GCCAGCUGCCGGGCGCCGGCGGCGGCGAUGACGACGGCGACAAAGAGAAGGAGGAGGAGGCGGAGAGAGAGCGGCUGGAGGCCAUCGCUGAGGCCGAGGAGCGCCGCAAGGAGAAACACCGCAAAAUGGAGGAGGAGCGCGAGCAGCUGCGCCAGGGCAUCCGCGACAAGUAUAACAUAAAGAAGAAGGUGGUGGAGGAGGCGGCGAUGCCGGCCGAGCCCGACAACCCGCUGAUGCGGAAGAAGAAGACGCCCGAGGAGCUGGCCCGCGAGGCGGAACUGGCAGACCAGGACGAGUUCACCAAACUGAAAAACUCGCUGGAAACGCAAGUGAACGAAAUAAAACAGCAGAUCGAAGAGAAGAUGAGGUCAAUCCAUGGGAAGUGUGUUUUGCAAUGAGCCGGCCCUCGAGAGCGGGACUAUGCAAGCGGCCGCCCAGCUGCGGCCGACUGGCGGACCGCUGAGCUGAACUGAGCGGACCGGGCACGCCGCUGAACGGAGACCUGGCACCGGGCGUGCCCCCGCCUGCGGCCGGCGCUGCCGUGCGGCCGCGGGGAGACGCGUCGGUCCGUCCGAGCGCCGCUGCCGCCGCGCGCCGACCGCAGGCCGCCGCCGCCGCCGCCGCCGGCGCGCCGGGCCACCCGCCGUGCGCUGGUCGGCCGGGCCGUCCGCGCGCCCUCGCCGGCCGUGACUUCUGGACCCCCGCAGUGGCGGCGGCGACCCUCGGCCCUCCCCUGGGUGUGCUCUGUACGUCUGUGUGUCCCGGCACAGGGUCGCGGCCGCCCCUGUCCACGGCUGGCGGGCGGCGCCGCGGCGCGCGCCCCACCGCUGGCGGCCCCCCUCCCUGCGUCCCCUCGGUCACUGUCGCCCGCCCCCGCCCCCGCCCCGAGCGGCCGCCGGCGCGGGGCGCGCGCCGCCCUCCGACCGUCCGGCCGCCACGGCGAGUCAGCCGGCGCGGCGACACACACACGGCCGCCAGCCGAGACCGCUCCCGCUCCCGUGUCUGUGUAACAAAGGUACCAAAGUCUUAGCAACGAGUGUCGGCCGGCGGGCCGCGAACUGGACGCGCCGCCGCGGCGAGAGUAGCCUAGCGCGCGCGGCGCCGCGCCGCCGCUGGUGUACAGCGGUGGCCUGUGCAGUGGUAGCCGUAGCGCGCGCCCGGCCGGCGGUCUCAGCACCGCUCCGUAGGCCUUAUCUUGUUUGGGCGCCGCCGCUAUUUCGCCGGUAGGCCUGUAGCCAGGCCCGGCUUGGUUGCGCUCGCCGGCGUCCGGCAGAGCCCCCUCGCCAGGCCGUUGUAGGCAUCAGGCGUUCCUUGUUAUUGUGCAGACGUUUUGUUAUAACAGGAAUAAA